CCCCUUUUCUGUCCUGCUCCAGGAGCCGGGCUUCUUCUCCCUCAGUGCCUCGGAGGAGGGGACAGCGGCACCAUGGCCCCCAGUACGGCCAUCCGCCAGACUUGUUGCUGCUUCAAUGUCCGCAUCGCCACCACUGCCCUGGCUAUCUACCAUGUGAUCAUGAGUGUCUUGCUGUUCAUCGAGCACUCCGUGGAGGUGGCGCACGGCAAAGCCUCCUGCAGAUUCUCGCAGGCGGGCUACCUCCGGAUCGCUGACCUGGUCUCCAGCUUCCUGCUCAUCGCCAUGCUCUUUGUCAUCAGCGUGAGCCUGCUGAUGGGUGUGGUCAAGAACCGGGAGAAGUACCUGCUGCCCUUCAUGUCCCUGCAAAUCAUGGACUACCUGCUGUGCCUGUUCACCCUGCUGGGCUCCUACGUGGAGCUGCCGGCCUACCUCAAGUUUGCCUCCCGGAGUCGGGCUCACCCCUCCAAGGUCCCACUGAUGACCCUGCAGCUGCUGGACUUCUGCCUGAGCAUCCUGACCCUCUGCAGCUCCUACAUGGAAGUGCCAACUUAUCUCAACUUCAAGUCCAUGAACCACAUGAAUUACCUCCCCAGCCAGGAGGGAAUGCCUUAUAACCAGUUCGUCAAGAUGAUGAUCAUCUUCUCCAUCGCCUUCAUCACCGUCCUCAUCCUGAAGGUCUACAUGUUCAAGUGUGUGUGGAGAUGCUACAGACUCAUCAAGCACAUGAACUCAGCUGAGGAGAAGAGCAGCUCCAAUAUUCUGGAGAAGGUGGUCCUGCCGUCCUAUGAGGAGGCUGUGUCUCUGCCACCCAAGACUCCGGAGGGGGGCUCAGAGCCGCCCCCGUACUCCGAGGUGUGAUGGUGCCCGGCCCCAGCCCUGGUGCUGGGAGAGGCGGAGCUGCCUCGAGAUCCGCUUCUUUGCUUCGGCGGCCCCCGCGGCCUGGGUGGACCACCCGGCUGACUUCCGGACAAUCUGCUUGUGUACCCCUCGCUGGCCUGCUUUUCCCGUGGGGCCUGGGAGACGCUCACGAUCGGGUCAACGCUUCAGGCUGAAUGACUCGUAAGGAUUCAGUCCAACAACACUUGGCUUGUUCGAUCAGCUCUGGCAUUUGUUUCAACAAUUGGUUAUUCUAAAUUCGUUGUGCUUGGUUCGAUAAUUUUCAGCGUGACCAGUUUAACCGAGUGGCUGGCAAAUUUAAGAAAAGCACACCUGUCAGUUCAGUACAGCGAUUUGGUCAGACCGCAGUAGCGCGCUGCCCUGGUUUGUAAAUAGUCAGUUUGCACCGCACUUUAGUGAAGGGGCCCUCAGUUAGUCCUCCCCACCAGAGCCACAGUUCAAGUUCUGCCAAUGGCAUGCUUAGAUAAUGACCGAGUUGGCUAACCCAGUCGAUUUAGAAUAGGGCUUACAUUUGGUAAUUAAAAAAAGUCAGAUUAUCCCCCACACCAUACAGUUCACCCCAACACAGUAACUGGCUGCCCACUCUGAUCAAUUCGGUAGUGCCAAGUGGCUGGAUAAUUGUUCAUUCAAAUGAAAAUUCGGUCAGACAGCUGCCAGACCAUCGUUCAAAAGCUAGCUCCAGGAAAUGGCAGUAGUUUUAACCAUCAAACAGUCCCUGCGAACACGUGUUGUUUUGCUUAAGAGCUGUCACCGUCAGCACGUGGUGAGAACAGUUGCACGUGGUCAGAGCAGCCACACAGCAGUGGACUGCGUGAAAUAGGCCGCCCCCACCACGGCCAGCCGUCUCCGGUCACGCACUGCCAGUCCGCUCCACAGCCCAGUCCACCCGCCGCCAGUCCGGUUGUCAGUGACCCAGUUCUGCCCGAAGCUCGUGGUCACACAGAAACUCAGCCCUGAAAUCAAGCGAAUCUGUUUGUUGGACUAAAUCCACAUGUUAGUUCAGCCAAAACAGGCAAACCCUUUGUGGGUGCAGACCUUGCCACUUGGGCCGGUGUUGGAGCUGCCGGGAAAGGUGUGGCCCCAACACCCCCUCUUUUGCUUGCUUCCCGGAGGGCUGGGGUUCCUGAGGGAGCUGACCCAGAGGUGGAGAUGGGGCCCCAGAAGAGGGCUCUCCGGGGUCUUUAGUGGGGUACAGAGGGGGAGGUCUGUGCAAGAGGCUCCCUGCCCAUACUCGCUCACACAAUUGCUUUGUGUGUGACGGGGAAGAUGUUUCAAUAAAACAGCGACAUGCUUC